CACUCCCUCUUCUUCCACUCUGUCAUCACAAAGUGACGCUUUUGCUUAGGGUUUCGAUUUUGCCGAUCAUCUCAUCCUUCGAUCGAUCGCUGUGUCGUCUUUCGAGGUCGGCGAUGAAGAUCGUCGCUUUGAUCGCGAACGCCAAAGGUCCUCCGCCGCGCGCACGGGCUCGCGGCGGAGCCGGUUCUCGCUCGUACCGGAGCUCCGGAACCCGCUCGGCCCCCGUAAGAAUCCCUCGGUCGGGUCAAGAAACUGCGAGCAGAAAGAGAGUUAGGUUUGCUGAUAAUUGUGAGGAGAACCGCUUAGGCUUCAGGGAAGAUGAAGCUACAACUCAAGAAGAAGCUGGGGUUCGAAUAUCUGAUGUCCCGAAGACCUCUGAAUAUGCAUUUUUCAAGAAAUUAAAGGAGAACAAAGGUCACAGAUUUAACUCCCGUCCCAUGCAAAAUGAGGCCACUCCCGCUAAGAAGUUCAUAUCUGAUCACAAUCCCAGCACAAGUACCCAUAUGGUCGAUAGCGUCCAUAAGGAAUCUGGGUCGUCACUGCUUCACCAGGAUGUUACAACAAAGAAUUUUGCCUUACUUCAAGCUCCAGUCGAUAGUGUUUCCAGAAAAUCAGGGACUUGGAAUAGCUACAAGUCUGGCGAAGUGUUUCCUAAGAAGAGGGAGAAUCUACUUUUGUGGGUCAAAACUACCUCCUUUCCUGAAAUUGACAAACUCUGCUCAAAGGGGUAUGGUUUUGUUUCCGUACUCUUAAGUCGCCUAAACCCAACGACCAAUGAGGACAAUGAUGCUACAAAUCUUGAUAGGAAGCAACUUGACUCCAGCAUGAGCUCUAAACUGCAUGCUUACCCUCAGUCUGGUAUUCAGUUAAAAGAGUUUAAUCAGAAUUGCACAUGGGACUUUCUGGAAGCUGAAGGUGGACACUAUUUGGACUGUUCUCUAUCUUCUGGGUGGCUAAAUAAAUCUAUGGAAAGGAUUAUCCCAGAUUUUGAUCUUCCAGCUGUUGCUGCCCUCGAGACCAGUACUUGGCAGGAAUCUGAGGAUGAGUUCCAAGCUCCAAAUAAAUCCUUGAUUGAGGAGGAGACACGUGAUUCAGAGUGGGGAUGGGUUCUCGAUAAUAAGAAUAAUGAAAGAGACUUGUGCUUUGUUUGUCGAAGUAGAGAGCUCACUACAGCACCAGCAUUGCUGACUUAUCGGUGCAAUGAUCACCAGCAGACUCUAGAAUCUGGGUUUGGUGGGAGGGAAUUAUCUGCAUUCUCUGUCUCAUCUCAUUAUCCUUCAAAAUUUUGUCCAUCACUAUGCCAUCCAACAAGCUUUCACUACAGUGAUCUCAAAACACAUUAUGACCUGCUGACUCUACAAUCUGGGUUUGUUGGAAGCGAGUUAUCUGCAUUAUUUGUCUCGUCUCAUUAUCCUUCACAGUAUUGGCCAUCACAAUGCCAAUCGACCAGUUUUCACAAUAAUGAUCUUGAAACUUAUUAUGACCAACAGACUCUAGAAUCUGGGUUUGGUGGGAGAGAAUCGCCUGCAUUCUGUGUCUCUUCUCUUUAUCCUUUACAGUUUUGUCCAUCACAGUUUCCUUCGACCAGCUUUCACAACCAUGAUGGUGAAACACAAUAUGAAAGGAAGGAAGAUAUUGCGAUUUUUAGUGAUCUUGCUUGUUCUUUAUCGCGCGAUUCAUAUAAUUUUCAUCGGGCUGAAGAUCACAAUUUUGAUGCCUCAUAUGCAGUGCUUUUGCCUCCAAAGCAGGAUCAGUUCAUCCACAAGGGCUUCAGUGAGAGACAUUAUCAUCCUCUAACCGAUGGUUAUAUGCAUUCCCUUGGAUGUGAUUCUGAAUUGAGAUUAAUGUGCUUAUCAUCUCCCGUCUCUUCACAGGGAGAUCAUAUAUUCACCGAUUACACUCGUUGAUCUCCUCAAGAUGGAGAAGUUGUGUUGUCCUUCCUAUGUGGGGAGGAUUGGUGUAAAAGACUCAAAAGUUCCACUCAGAUGGACGCCUUCAGUGGUUUUAGCAGAAGUUUAUCUACUCAAAUCUUCAACAGAGAAAAGGCAUACCCUCUGCUUCCCGAUAAAUCAAGCUCAGAUGAAGGAGAAGUGAUUGUUCAUGGAAGCGAAAUCUGUAAGUUUGAUGCAUCCUGGCAUUUUUAGUUCAAUUCCUGUACUUCACUUUUGUGUGAUUAUGGCUUGUCAGUUGUCAUAACCUUGGAUUUUAGUUUUGAUUUGACAAUAUCCCUAGUUGAUAAUCCUCCGUUGAACUUCAGAUAUAUGGAACUAUUGAGGAAACUAACAUUUCUAGAUGCACAUUCACUUAAGCAGUGUAGUGUUAUAGACCA